UCAUUUUCCCACUUUUCUUUCUCUGUUCAGUUCUUUAUAUUCUCUGUGAAUCUGUACUUCACUCCUUAAUUUCUCUCACAAAAUACUUUUAUUAAAAAAAUAAAUAAAUUCUACUUGAGUUUCACUGCAGAAAUGGAAGGCAACCAACUUAUUCUCAGCCGUCCAAUCAUCCAUCAAAGUAUCAGAUGGUUCCACAUCUUCAUCCUCUCGCUUGUUUACUGUUCCGCUAAUGCACAGCAGAGCACCGGAUCACGAGACACCUACCGGUUGUACUCAAAUUUCGAUCCAACAAUAGCAAUUAUCGUACUCAUUCUAAUUUGCGCUUUCUUCUUCAUCGGAAUCUUCUCCAUCUUUCUCCGUCAGUGCACGGAUACCACCGAAUUUCAGACCGUCAUCACCGGAAGACUACAUAGGGCUGGGCUUGAUCCAUCUGUGAUCGAGAAGUUUCCCGUCUUCGUUUACUCUGAAGUGAAAAAUAUCAAAAUCGGAAGAGAGACGCUAGAAUGCGCUGUUUGUUUGAGUGAAUUUGAAGAUGAUGAAACUCUUCGUUUAUUACCUAAAUGCAAUCACGUUUUCCAUCCUGAAUGUAUCGACGAGUGGUUAUCUUCUCAUGUCACUUGCCCGGUUUGCCGUGCUGAGCUCACACCAGAUUGUGGCGAAACUCAGAAAAAUUCAUCGCAACAAACAACAACAACAGAGCCGAAUCAACAAUUCUCUGCAUCUAAUCUCACUGAAACAACUAAUGAAAUCUCAAUUUCUGUUAACGAAGAGCAAAAUAGAGAUUCACAGCCACGCGUGAACAAAAAUCGGCCACCGAGAUCGGGAAUAUCAGGGAAGUUUCCGAGAUCGCAUUCAACAGGACAUUCACUGGUUCAAGCAGGAGAGAAUAUCGAAAGGUAUACGCUGAGAUUGCCAGAGGAGUUGAGAACGCACAUGCUGGCGAGUGCGAAACUGAAACGUGCUAUUAGUUUUAACGUGAUUUUAGCAACAGAAGGGAGUUCGAGGAAAGGAUAUAGAAGUGGCGGUGAAGAUAGCAAUAGAGGAAAGCAGAUCAGCCGGUCGGAUCUGUGGGGACUUCUAAUGAAUACGCCGUUUGUUUCAAGAGGCGGUUCAGUUAAAGCAUCUAAGACUGAUAACGACGGAGAUUCAGUAAACGGUAGGAACUUGUUUGCGUCGGUCAAAAAACCGUUGAAUUGCUUGAAUGCGAAAGUGGAGGGAGGAGGAGAACCGCCAAGUCGGAGUCGACCUGUCGUUUGACGUAAUUUUAUUAAUUUAUUGGUUUAUUUAUUUAUUUAAUUUAAUAAUUAAGCUCGAUUUGAAGUGGAGGAAAGGGAAACAUGGUGAAUCCAUUAAAAGCAUGCAGUGAAGGUAGAGGUGUCAAGUAGGAAUAGAGCUGUGGAAUGCUAGGCCUGGACAGAACGACAAUGAAGAGAGGUGAGUCACAUUUUUUUGGGAAGAAAUUGAGUUGAACUGAUGGACCAAAACUGCACAUAGGCAGAAGUCCUCGGAUGCCUCAUGCUUCCAAGAAGGUGAAUUGGCAUUACUAGUUUGGUGAGACUUAGUUGCAAGUUGUUGUAAGUUGUAAAUUACUAGUAUAACUUUUCUUUUUCCAAUAAUCUUUUUAACUAGAAAUCAAUAUUUAAAAAAAAAAAAAAAAUUGCUCUCA